GUCCGGCAGAGGGCGCUGCUCGUUUAUAAAUGACAGUGGCAACUUUUCUCCCAGCAUUCAAAAAGAAGAAAACGACAAAAGGGACAAGGCAUCGUUGAAAGUCGAAGGUUGAAGCUGGGGGCUAUGGCUCGUGGGCAGCAGAAGAUUCAGUCUCAGCAGAAGAACGCCAAGAAGGCGGCAGAGAAGAAGAAAGCUCAGGGUGCGGACCAGAAGACUGCUGCCAAGGCUGCGCUGGUGCACACCUGCCCCGUGUGCCGGGUCAGUGCAAGAGACAAAUGCACACCGACCAAAAAUCCGAUUUAUAAGCAUGCUCACUUACAACACAAAUGCCUGACCCGAAAACCUUCAAGCAGCACUUUGAAAGCAAGCAUCCCAAGUCCCCCAUGCCUCCUGAACUGGCGGACGUUCAGGCAUAAAGGAUCGCUUAUUGCACCUGAACCUGGGUACACGUCGACCACGGAUUGAUCUGAAUCGCUGCACCUGAAGGAUGACGAGUGCUGGGUCCUGCCCGUGUUGGUGGACUUUGGGAGGGGGUGGGUGUGUCUGUGCUUUGGCUGCAUGUCUGUGUGCGAAAAAAACCAGGCUUCCGUACACCAGCAGCCCUUUUUGUAUUUAUUCUGUACAGCUCACUGGGUAAGGGGCGGGGUCUCUGGAGGAUAAGUAGACGCAUUCCUCCCUCACAGACGCUGCAGCCAAACAAUUGAACUCUUUCAUCAGCAUCAGCUUUGCGGCUGUUGCACUUUGAUCACAAUUUCAGAUUCAUGUCAGUUUAAUAGAACUGGGACGUCUGCUCCUCACUCUGUGCUGCUGUGCUCAGCACGCUUCACAACUGUACCUCACACAUAACUGCGUUUCAUCUUUGUGUUGUUCCUUCACAGCCACAUCGCCCUCCUCCCACUUUGAACCAGAAUCAUUUGUUUGGUAAUAAUUGCCCUAAAUGCUCAUUGAUGCUUUCAGUAGAAUAAAAAGCCCGAAGGACUGAUUGAUUGAAUUUUAGUGGUAAAAAAGAGUUGUUCUUUACAACCUGUCAAAAUAAAUGUUUAGUUUCAUUGUAUAAUUUUUUUUUAUCUCUUGAAUAAAUCGAUUAAUGUAA